UAACUCUUUCUUUUGCCUUUCUAGUUUGAUGGGGAGAACAUGUACAUGGGGAUGAACGACAACGCCCAGGAGUUUCUAUCAGCCAAUCAGACAUACAACAGUCAGAAUGAGAACAACGAGGACUACGAGAUCCCUCCCAUAACGCCUCCCAACCUCCCCGACCCGUCCCUCCUGCACUUGGUGGAGCAUGAAACUGGAUACCACUCUCUGUGCCACAGCCUCCCUCCCAACAGCCUGAUCCCAGCCUAUCCCUACCAGAACAUGGACCUGCCGGCCAUCAUGGUGUCCAACAUGCUGAGCCAGGAUGGGCACCUCCUCUCCAGCCAGCUGCCCACGAUCCAGGAGAUGGUGCACUCGGACGCCGCGUCCUACGAGUCCAACCGCCAAGUGCCGCUGCUCAACCGGCCCGGCAUGCUGGGCGGCCCCAUGGGCGCCCUCAGCCAGUCCCAGCUCAUCUCCCAGAUGGGAAUCCGGAGCGGGGUCACCCACGGCUCCCCCUCGCCCCCGGGAAGCAAAUCUGCCACCCCAUCUCCCUCCAGCUCCACUCAGGAAGAGGAGACCGAGUCGCAUUACAAGGCUACUGGAGAGAAGAGACCCUCGACAGACCUGGGCAAAAAGCCCAAAAGCCAAAAGAAGAAGAAGAAGAAGGACCCCAAUGAGCCCCAGAAGCCUGUGUCAGCCUAUGCCCUGUUUUUCAGAGACACACAAGCAGCCAUCAAAGGGCAAAACCCCAAUGCCACCUUUGGGGACGUGUCGAAAAUCGUGGCAUCCAUGUGGGACAGCCUGGGAGAAGAACAAAAGCAAGCAUACAAGAGGAAAACAGAAGCUGCCAAGAAGGAGUACCUGAAAGCCCUGGCUGCGUACCGGGCCAGCCUCGUCUCCAAGAGCUCUGCCGACCAGGGGGAGACGAAAAGCACCCAGAGCAACCCCCCAUCCAAGAUGAUCCCUCCCAAGCAGCCCAUGUACCCCAUGCCUCCUCAGGCAUCCUCUCCCUACCCCGGCCUGGGCUCCUUCCUGUCCCCAUCGGAGCUGCAGAGCUACCGUGGGCACCCUCACGCGGGGCUGCCCCGCACGCUGCCCUCCAAGCCCCUGCUGCCCAGCAUCAGUGCCUCCCCUCCUCCCUCCUUCCAGAUCAGCCCCCCGCUCCACCAGCAGCUGUCCUUGCACCACCCGCAGAGCUCGUUCAGAGGAUGUGAAUCCCACAAUGGGGACCUCAUGGCACCUCAUGCCACCCUCCAGUUCGUUUCUCUGCUGGAGGGAUGA